CCGCACAAGGAGCUCGCGCGGCAUGGCGUUGUGCUUUCUCCAGUUACGGCUCAGCUCCGCCGGCCGGGGAGUAGCAGAGCAGCUGCGGGACUCCAGCCCGGUUCCACCGUCAAGUCUAGAGUUAUAAUCACUGGAGGGGGUGGUGAUAGCUCCUGGACCCUAUCCUUGUAGGUCUGGCCGAGGGUACUCAGAUCUUUGGGGAAGGGGUCUCUAAAAGGUCAGUCUUUUUGGCUUCAACUUCCCCAACAGCCUAACCACUAUCCGGGGUAUCCCCGGCGCGGCCCCAGCUCUGCAGGAUGGGAAUUUCGCGACGCUCCCUGCCUGCGCUCCAGGGAGGGCGGCGGCGGCUGGGUGUGCUGCAAGGGGCCUUCGCGCAAGUGCGAGCUCCAGUCCUGGCGUCCACGGCCAGCUUCACCCGGGCGUGGGGAUUCUGGAGGACGCGCGGCGCGGGCAGCACAGCACAACCUCGGGUCCUCUCCCGUGCUCUGCGGCUCGCCCCCGCACCACCCUACCGCCCGCUCUCGGGUGGGCGCGCACUCCUCUCCGUUCCCCGUGACAGUUUGCAGACGCUCCCCAGCGCCAGGCAUGAUGGACGCCUCCGCCGUGGAUCCCCGGGCUGGAUUCCGCGCGCGGUGGGGGUUCCCCCUGCCCCAGGACUGACUCCGACCGUGGCCCCCGUUUCUGCCCGGUACCCCCCCGAGGCCGCCCAGGUCUUCUGCAGGAAGCCGGCCAUGAGCGACAGAGGCAGCCGUCGGCGCACAAUGAAGAAGGACGAUGAGGCCUUCGAGAUCUCCAUCCCCUUCGAGGAGGCACCCCACCUAGACUCACAGAUCUUUUACAGUCUAAGCCCUUCACGAGGAGGCUUCGAGGAAACCCCUGAGGCCGCGUCCCCCACACUGGCCCUGAUGAACCGGGUGAAGGCCCAGCUGCAUAUGGCCCUGGAGCGGAACUCCUGGCUACAGAAGCGCAUCGAGGACCUGGAGGAAGAGAGGGACUUCCUGCGGUGUCAGCUGGAUAAGUUUAUUUCCUCGGCCCGGAUGGAUGCAGAGGACCACUGCCGAAUGAAGUCUGGGCCCAGGCGGGUGGAGGGGGACAGCCGGGCUGGGGCUGGGGGCGAAGCCUCAGACCCCGAGUCGGCUGCCUCCUCACUCAGUGGAGCAUCUGAAGGUAGUGCCAGUGACAGGAAGCGGCAGAAGCAGAAGGGAAGUGCCAGUCGGAAGCGCUUCGGGAAGCCCAAGGCCCGGGAGAGGCAGCGGGUGAAGGACGCUGAUGGGGUCCUUUGUCGAUACAAGAAGAUUCUGGGCACCUUUCAGAAGCUGAAGAGCAUGUCACGGGCUUUCGAGUACCACCGCGUGGACCGAAACACGGUGGCGCUGACCACGCCUAUCGCAGAGCUGCUCAUUGUGGCACCAGAGAAGCUGGCGGAGGUGGGCGAGUUCGACCCCUCCAAGGAGCGCCUGCUCGAGUACUCGCGUCGCUGCUUCCUGGCGCUGGACGACGAGACGCUCAAGAAAGUGCAGGCGCUCAAGAAAAGCAAGCUGCUGUUGCCCAUCACCUACCGCUUCAAGCGGUGAUGCCGCUCUGCUGCCCCCUGCGGACCCUCUGCUCCCUGGCCCUGGUGCAGGCGCACCUCCCUGCACCAGGCCUGUCCCUCGCCUGUUGGGGCUGUCACCUGUUUUACCCGACUUCGCAGGGGCUGGCCUCAUUCCAUGUGAGGCAGAUAAUUAUUCAGAGCAUUUAAAUUAAAGAAACAUGAAAAUUUGGAAUACACUGGGUCCCGGAUCGUCAGCGGAAGGGGCGGCCGUCGCUACGGAGACGGGGGGUGGGGGGGCGGACUGGCGAGCUGGGAGGUUGGGAGCACAGGGUGUAAUUAGCCCCAGGAGGUAGAGGCGGAGGGGGAGUAGCAGCCGUUCCGCCCCGGAGGUGCUGUCACUACCCGCAGGGCUACCUGGGCUAGAGGUGCCACAUCAGAAGGCACCAUCGAGGACCUGUAGUGGAGACAGACACCUGGGGAGCAGGCGGCUCGUGGACACGCCAGGCAGCCAGCCGGCGGGGGUGGCAGGCGGAACACAAGGUCGACCUUAUCGCGGAAGUAGCAUUACUACGCUGCAGCGCCCGCGCCACGGGACGGGCGCGACUACGCUCGCACGGUCGCAGGGGCAACCAGGAGAGGUUGCCGCCUUAACAGUCCACAAUUUAGCAACUCAGCUCAGGGCGUGGAAAAUCUCGCGCAUGACUACUGCGCACUUUAGAGCCCUUUCCCCUCUCCCAGCAGCGGGAAAACAGGCCUUUACGCAGGCGCAGAAGGCCCUCUCGUUGCCUCCUUUCCAACGCGCGCAGGCGCAAAGAGCCGUCCUUGCAACCUCCGCAGCAGCCGCGCGCACCUUCACCGGCCGGCUGCAUUUUUCUUGCGUACCGUCACAGGUCUCCCCGACUUCGGCCUUUUUUUUUUUUUCAUUUCUGCUCUCUUCACCCAUUGAGACAGAUGCGGAAAUCCAGGACUCCGUCCCCUAUUCUGUAUUCCUUCCCCUGACCCACCUCACCUCGGUCUCCCCGCCUAUUUGGUUCUCAAAGCCGGAAGGAGCCGAA